GGGCCUCGCGCCUGCGCAGCUAGGUGGUGAUGGGCGGGCGGCGGGUCCCGGUCCGCUGGCUAGCGUUGCGGGCUGAGGGCCAUGGUGGGUCGACCUUAGCUCGGCCCGGCCUGGGUCCCGAGCUGCAAGGGGAGGCAGUGAGUGACGGACAGGGAGACUGGGUUCAAUCUGGCUGAUUGAGAAGCGUGCAGGAGGCAGAAAGAAUGAGAGCAGCAAAUACUUCGGUGUUAUCACGUUGGUGAGAGUGUCUUUGCUGGUUUCUAUAGAGCUGCCAGCCUUUCCUGUUCUGCAUCUCUCCAGGUCAUUCAUUCAACAAGUAUUUAUUGAAUACUUCUAUGAGCCAGGAUUCAUGAGGGGCCAGCGAAGUCUGCUAUUGGGCCCAGCCCGCCUCUGCCUGCGUCUCCUUCUGCUCCUGGGCUACCGGCGUCGAUGCCCACCUCUGCUCCGGGGCCUGGUCCAGCGCUGGCGUUAUGGCAAGGUUUGCCUGCGCUCCCUGCUCUACAAUUCCUUUGGGGGCAGUGACACUGCCAUUGAUGCUGCCUUUGAGCCUAUCUACUGGCUGGUGGACAAUGUGAUCCGCUGGUUCGGAGUGGUGUUUGUGGUGCUGGUGAUCGUGCUGACUGGGUCCAUCGUGGCCAUUGCUUAUCUGUGUGUCCUGCCCCUCAUCCUCCGAACCUACUCAGUACCACGGCUCUGCUGGCAUUUCUUCUAUAGUCACUGGAAUCUGAUCCUCAUCGUCUUCCAUUACUACCAGGCCAUCACCACUCCUCCUGGAUACCCACCCCAGGGCAGGAAUGACAUUGCUACUGUCUCCAUCUGUAAGAAGUGCAUUUAUCCCAAGCCAGCCCGAACACACCACUGCAGCAUCUGUAAUAGGUGUGUGCUGAAGAUGGAUCAUCACUGCCCUUGGCUAAACAACUGUGUGGGCCACUAUAACCAUCGCUACUUCUUCUCUUUCUGCUUUUUCAUGACUCUGGGCUGUGUCUACUGUAGCUAUGGAAGUUGGGACCUUUUCCGGGAGGCUUAUGCUGCCAUCGAGAAAAUGAAACAGCUUGACAAGGACAAACUACAGGCGAUUGCCAACCAGACGUACCACCAGACUCCACCACCUACCUUCUCCUUUCGAGAAAGGAUAACUCACAAGAGUCUUGUCUACCUCUGGUUCCUGUGCAGUUCUGUGGCCCUGGCCCUGGGUGCCCUAACCAUGUGGCAUGCAGUUCUCAUCAGUCGGGGUGAGACAAGCAUCGAAAGGCACAUCAACAAGAAGGAGAGACGACGGUUACAGGCCAAGGGCAGGGUAUUUAGGAAUCCUUACAACCACGGCUGCUUGGACAACUGGAAGGUGUUCCUAGGUGUGUACACAGGAAGGCAUUGGCUGACCCGGGUGCUGUUACCUUCUAGUCACCUGCCCCAUGGGAAUGGGAUGAGCUGGGACCCUCCUCCCUGGGUGACUCACUCAGCCUCUGUGAUGGCAGUGUAAGCCACAACUUGAACAUUGUUUGAUGUUUAUUGCCUCUCAAGAGCUUCCAAGGGCAGCUUUUCCUGGAAUCCAUGACCAUGAAGAGCCAUCAGGCUUGCCUUAGAGUACGACACAGGGACACUCAAGACCAAUCUUCUGCCACCUCAAAACAAGAUGCAGUGUGGGGAAACUCAAGGAUUGAAGUCCCUUUACUCAGGCAAAUACGUUUUAGCUCCAGGUGAGCUCUAGGUCACAGAUGGGGCUAGACACCAUCUCUUUUACUUUGGAAAAAGAUCCAUCAGGUAUGUUGAAAUUCUGGCUUCUCAAUGGAAGAAAGACAUUAAGCCUAUUGCCAAGGUCACUGCCAUUUCUCACAUGCUACAGAAGGAGUGAAAAUAAAGGCAUUUGAUUUGUAAAGAUA